CCAGCCGUGCGCCAGCGCACCGAUAGCAGCGCCUCUGGCGGCUCGUUGGUGCACGAUGGCGGCGGCGUCGGCCGGCGCAGUUCUACGAGAUCCAUUAAAAGGAAAAAGUUCGACGAUGAGAUCGUAGAGUCCGGCAUCUCUUUGCCGCCACUUCCUACGCCGAAAGCAGCGAGAACACAGAGCGUGGACUAUCAGCUGAGCCUGAGCUCGGUCGGCGUGAACGAGCCACUGCGACGACGGCCGGCGCGCGCCGCGUCACGCCGCAGCCGCCGCUCGCGCGCUGCCGCCGCCGCAGUUAAGGACAUCGGCCGCUGGAAGCCGACGGACGACUUGGCGCUCAUCAGCGCCGUGCAGCAGGCUUGUGACCUCACGCUGGUGCACCUCGGCGUCAAGUUCUCAUGUAAGUUCACGCUGUCGGAGAUCCAGGAGCGGUGGUACGCGCUGCUAUACGACUCGACCGUGUCACGGCUGGCCGCGACCGCCAUGAGGAACCUGCACCCGGAACAGAUUGCUGAGGUGGAGAGUCGCGCACUGUACUCGCAGGCUGAGGAGGAUCUCAUCAAAGCCAUCAAAUCGACGGCGCCACCGUCUCCGGAAGAGCUGCAGACCCUGCUGGCCGCCCACCCGCAGACGUUCCACAGCAGCCGCACACCCAAGCGGCUGCGCGAACACUGGGAGAAGCUUAAGCUGUACCAGCUGCUGGGCGACCAGUCCGCCCAGCCGGCCGACAAGGACGGCGCCGGCCGCUUCUCGGACGCCGAGGAUGCCAUGGACGACCUGGCCCUGUUGGAGACGCCGCCGGACGAGCUGCUGGAGCGCGAGCUGCACCUCGCCGACCGGCGUGCCAAGCGGGAGAUACGCCGGCUGGAGACGGAGACGCGCCGCUGGCAGGUGCUCGUCGACGGCGUGACCGGCGUCUCGCCGCCAGAGUUCGACAACGGCACCCUGGCCAUCCUGCGUGGACGCACUGUGCGCUACCUGAUGCGAUCGGGAGAGAUCACGCUCGGCCGGACCACGCGUGACUGUGCGGUGGACAUCGAUCUGGCGCUGGAGGGCCCCGCCUGGAAGGUCUCGCGACGCCAGGCCGUCAUCAAGCUGCGCAACUCGGGCGAGUUCUUCAUCGCCAACGCCGGCAAGCGGCCUGUCUUCGUCGAUGGGAAACCCGUACUGAUGGGAGCCAAGCACAAGCUGAACGACAACUCGGUGGUGGAGAUUGGCCACCUGCGAUUCACGUUUGUCAUCCACCACGAUCUGGUGAAUGCCGUGCGUCAAAAGUACUCGGUUACCGCUCCCAAUGGUGGACACUAGUGCUCAGCCGGCGCCAAGGGCGGACAGAAUUGUUUUGUGGUGGUCUUGGCUGUUGAACAGAAGUACUGCGUCGCUGUUCCAAGUGGUGGACAAUGGGAACCCGAUGUUCUCCGAGCGUCGGACAGAGGUGGUCUGUGCGAGUUCCCACCAAUCGACGGAGGAGCUAUCCUGCGGCUCUCUGUCGUGGACAAGAAGUGCUCGGUAUAGCAGCCGGUGGACGGAGAUGAACGACACUACUGGUUUUGAUAUCCGCCAGAAAUUGCAUAAUGAGUAUACGUUGCAUUGCUGCGGGCAAAUGCUCCACGUCUUCGAAAACCGGCCUGGGCUGGCCUACUUGUGUCUGUUCCCACGCAAAUGCAUCUACAGAACUUA